GAGAGAGAGAGAGAGAGAGAGAGAGAGAGAGAGAGAGAGAGAGAGAGAGAGAGAGAGAGAGAGAGAGAGGUGGUAGCAGUCAUUGAUAUUCGGAGAGUCUGUAAGGGGGGAGGAGUGGGAGGGAGGAAGAAGGGAAAGGACCGCAAGUAAUCGUAGAUAGAAAGAUGUCGUCAUUGGAGGAGCAGGUGGAGCGAGAGCUCCAUUUCCUUCAAGGGAGAUGGCUGCAAGAUAUUCCCUUGGAUCGCACGGUUCUCCUUUGCGUUUUGGUUCUGUUGACGGCCGUUGUUCUCGCUACUUCGCUGUCAAUCUGGCGCUUCUUCUCUUCCAAGAAACACCCCCCCAUGCUGCCUACUAUUCCUCUCGUCGGCGGCAUGGUCAAGUUUGCUGCCGAUCCCAUUGGCCUGAUGUCUACGGGUCACAAGCUCUGCGGCGAUGUCUUCUCCGUUCGACUCCUUCAUCGCAAGUUCACAUUCCUGAUUGGUCCAGAAGUGUCGGGGCACUUCUUCCGCGCUCCCGAAAAGGAGGUCAGUCAGAAGGAGGUGUACCAGUUCAAUGUGCCAACCUUUGGACCAGGUGUAGUCUUCGACGUGGAUUACCCUGUCCGCAUGGAACAAUUUCGGUUCCUGGUGGAUGGGCUGAAGCAGGUGAAGCUGCGAAGCUACGUUGCAGACAUGGUCCGAGAAGCGGAGGCGCAUUUUGCAAAAUGGGGGGUUGAAGGAGUUAUCGAUUUGAAGAAGGAUCUCGCCGACCUUAUCAUUGCGACCGCGAGCCGCACGUUGCUCGGUCGAGAGGCCCGGGAGCAGAUGUUUGAAAAAGUUUCGGACCUUCUGCAUGACCUGGACCAGGGUAUGCUUCCUAUUAGCUUCUUCUUCCCAUAUUUGCCGAUCCCCGCGCACAAGAAACGCGACGAAGCGAACAAAGAGCUCAGGCGACUGUUCUCGCGUGUCAUCACCAAUCGGCGCGCAGCGAACAUUUCCGAAAACGAUCUUCUGCAGACAUUCAUUGAGGCGACCUACAAGUCGUCAGGACGCCACCUGACAGAUGGCGAAAUCACAGGACUCCUUAUUGCAGCGCUCUUUGCGGGGCAACAUACAAGCUCGGUCACGUCCCUGUGGGUCAGUGCUCAUCUGUGCAGUGAACCGAAGUGGUUGGCACGGGUCGUUGAGGAGCAGAAGAGGAUCAUCGCAGAGCACGGUGCUGCAUUGAAUUUCGAUGUCCUCAGCAAGAUGGACGAUCUGCACCUCGUAAUCAAGGAGACUUUGCGACUGCAUCCGCCGCUGAUGAUGCUGAUGCGCUAUGUGCACAGCGACUUCACCGUCACAACCGCCGAGGGCACAUCCUACGUCAUUCCCAAGGGUCACGUCAUCGUAACCUCACCCUACUACGCUCACCGACUCGAACGUAUAUAUCGAGACCCUCUUUCCUUCGAUCCUGAACGGUUUGCGCCAGGGAGAGAAGAGGACAAAGUAGGCGGCGCGUUCUCGUACAUCGCAUUUGGCGGAGGACGCCAUGGAUGCCUCGGUGAAAACUUUGGCUACAUGCAAAUCAAAGCCAUCUGGAGCAUACUGAUUCGAAACUUCGAGCUGGAACUGGUCUCUUCUUUCCCAGGAAGCGACUUCCGCUCUUUUGUCGUAGGCCCCACCGGCAGUUGUGCGUUCAGGUACAAAAGACGGGCAACACCACUUGCCUGAAGUUACAUAAUGGGUAAUGGGGGUGGAGGGAUUGAAAGGCACAUAAUGGGGGUGGACCCGGUGGAGGGAUUGAAAGGCACAUAGUGGGGGUGGACCCGGUGGAGGGAUCGAAAGGUACAUAAUAGGGGUGGGAGGAUUGAAAGGCACAUAGUGGGGGUGGACCCGAUGGAGGGAUCGAAAGGUACAUAAUGGGGGUGGACACGGUGGAGGGAUCGAAAGGUACAUAAUAGGGGUGGAGGGAUUGAAAGGGACAUGUAAUGGAGGGGGAGGGAUCGAAAGGUGCCAGGAAAUUUAUGAAGGAUAUGAAAUGACCAGACCAAUGAAGCGCUCAGGGUUAUAAAGGUGUGCCAUCAAGUAAGCUGGUCAUCCAUCAUCCUGAUUCAUCCAUGAUUUGGACUUCCUUCACUGUCUCUUAUGCUAAUGGCGCUUCCCCCCCCCCCCCCCCAAACAUUCUGCGAAAUACCGUUCUAUGCCUGGCCACAAAAAGGGUCGCACGACAGUCUUCCUGGAGAUUUCCGUGAAUUCCGUUUCCCGAUGGAGACGUUUGAGUAUGAAACAGGAUCACACGACAUGCAUACGUUGAAUGUCUUCCUCGUUUUCCCCGUGUGUUUCACUAUUGUGCAUGCAAUGCCAUGCAUCGUAUUCAGUAGAGCAUGCAUAAUAGCAUAUAGCAGUAGCACACACUCUUACAUGAUUUUUUCAGGAAAGGCCUUCCUUUGUGCUUUUUUUUUCUAGGAAUGUCCACAUUUUAUCUUUUUCCCCAUGAAACACGGAUAUCCAGCCUAUAUAUUUGUUUGGUUUGCUAUAGCCUUAAACCGCUGGUACACGGCCCCAGCCUUGCUGAAAAGAAACUCGUAGACUACGAGAUGCCAUCCGAAAACGACGCGCAUCCGCACCGUCGAUAAAAAAAAUCGGUGGCGUGCGUCGCUUUCUCGGAUUCUGACAGGCGCCCACGUGCCGAUAGCUGGAUGUACUUGUGCUUUAAGAUAUAUAGAUAGCUCUUAGAUGCACUGAUAGA